ACCCUUGCACUGCUUGUUGCUCUGGCCCUUCUCUCCAAAAUUCUCUUUCCCCUACCCCAGAAGCUAAAACUUCCACCAGGUCCCAAACCAUGGCCUAUAAUAGGCAACCUGAACCUCGUUGGUCCUCUGCCUCAUCAAUCCGCUCACAAGUUGUCCCAAACUUAUGGACCAAUAAUGCAGGUUAAGCUUGGCUCCUGCCCAGUUGUAGUUGCCUCAUCUCCAGAAAUGGCAAAGCAAUUUUUAAAGACGCAUGAUCGCAUCUUUGCCUCUAGGCCUCAAACUGCAGCAGGCAAGUACCUCAAUUAUGGCCACCUCAAUGUCACUUAUGCACCUUAUGGUCCAUAUUGGCGUCAAGGCCGCAAAAUUUUCAUCUCUGAGCUCUUUAGCUCAAAAAGUCUAGAGUCUUUUCGAUACAUCCGGGUUGAGGAAAAUCUCGCUUUUAUUUCGCGACUCUAUGCCAUGUCAGGGAAGGCAGUUGUGCUCAAACAGCAUCUGUCACGCCUAACUCUUAGCGUUAUGUGCAGAAUUGUGUUGGGUAAGGACCAUUUUAGCUUGACCAAAUCCAAGAGUUCGAUAAUAUCACUCAAAGAAUUUCAGGACAUGAUAGAUGAGUUGCUCUUGCUUGAUGCGGUAGCCAAUAUAGGGGAUUGGAUACCGUGGCUAGAUGUUUUUGACUUGCAAGGCUAUGUAAAGCGAAUGAAGGCCUUACAGAAAAAGUUGGACCGGUUUUAUGAGUUUGUGCUCAAUGAACACAAGGCCAGGAAGGAAGGAGUGGAGGAGUUUGUGGCAAAGGACACGGUGGAUUUACUAUUGCAGCUGGUUGAUGAUCCUAACGAUCUUGAAGUUAAGCUCACCUAUGACACUGUCAAGGCAUUCACUCAGGACUUGAUAAUUGGAGGCUCUGAUAGCUCUGCUACCACUUUGGAAUGGGCAAUGUCUGAACUCAUAAAACAACCAAACCUCAUCGAAAAGGCCACUGAAGAGCUCGAUAGAGUGAUUGGAAGAGAGAGAUGGGUAGAAGAGGAAGACCUCGAAAACCUUCCUUAUAUAGAUGCUAUUAUGAAAGAGGCAAUGAGGAAGCACCCUGUGGUUGUAUUGCUACCACAUUUAGCUCUUGAGGAUUGCAAUGUGGCAGGUUAUGAUGUUUGUAAAGGAACUCUAGUGCUUGUGAACACAUGGAGCAUGGGGAGAGAUCCUACGCUGUGGGAUGCACCAGAUGAGUUUAGGCCUGAGAGAUUCUUAGGGAAUAAUGCAAUUGAUGUGAAAGGACAGAGUUUUGAACUGCUUCCAUUUGGUUCAGGAAGGAGGAUGUGCCCUGGUUAUGGUCAUGCACUGAAAAUGGUAAGGUCUUGUUUGGCUAACAUGUUACAUGGGUUCACCUGGAAACUGCCUGGAAAUGUGAAAACAGAAGAUUUGGGCAUGGAGGAAUCUUAUGGAUUGGUCACACAUCGGAAGUUCCCACUUGUUGUAGUCACAGAACCUCGGCUGCCAAUUCGUCUUUACUAAUUAUAUGUGAACUUGAUAAUGUGCCAGCUUUAAGUUUCUUUUUUGUUCCAUCAAGUAGGGA